GUUUUUUGAACUCUGUUGGACGUUGAACUUUACUUCAUUUCAAGUUCCUUUUGUAAAAUAAAUCAGCAGUUUUGUUCGGUGUUGUGAAAUGCAGAGAAACCUUAUGACUGUCACACUGAAACCUUACUUGUUUAAUGCUGCGUGUAUCGGGUGAAUGCGUCACGGACUGUAAAUGCUAUUAAAGAGAACCGGUGCCGAGGACUUUACUCAUUUGCUAGUAGUGGUGCCGCCUCGUCGAGAUGAUUCAGCUCCUGUUUUUUGCUUACAUCGUCGCAGUGAAAGUUUUCAAGAAGGCCUCGCCAAAUGGAAAAAUCACUGUUUACCUGGGAAAGCGUGAUUUUGGAGAUUUCGGAGAAUACUGCGAACCUGUGGAGGGUGUCGUGCUCGUCGACUCCAGCUAUCUGAAAGGUCGAAAAGUCUACGGGCAGGUCAUCACCACUUUCAGAUAUGGGAGAGAGGAGGAUGAAGUUAUGGGUUUGCACUUUAGUCGGCAGUUGUAUCUUGCCAUGGAGGAGAUUUAUCCGAAGAGAACUAAGGACGAUGCCACAUCUGAUCUGCAGAAACGACUGUUGAGAAAGCUGGGACCAGAUGCGACUCCGUUUUACUUUGAACUACCCCAAAAUGCACCUCCUUCGGUCACUCUGCAACCAAGUCCUGAUGAUCAAGGUAAACCUUUGGGUUUAGAAUAUGAAUUAAAGUUAUAUGUCGCUGAUACCGAAGAGGAGAAACCUCACAAACGCAAUUCGGUUAACAUGGCCAUCAGGAAACUUCAGUAUGUUAAAUCUCCCUUGAACAAUAAACAACCCAGUGCUUCCGUCGGAAAGAGCUUUGUUUUGAGUCCUGGUAAAUUACAGCUGGAGGUCACUUUGGAUAAAGAAAUAUACAUCCACGGCGAUAAAGUUGCUGCUCACGUGAGCAUUUCUAACUAUUCAAAGAAAACGGUGAAGUGUAUUAAGGUAUCCAUCAUCCAGAAUACAGAAGUCACCAUCGUCAACGGUCAUUACAGCAAGACCGUGGCCAGUGUCGACUCCAAAGAAGGUUGUCCCAUCAUUCCUGGAGCCAGUUUGAACAAGACAUACUACCUGUUGCCAUUGGCGGCUUACAACAAGGACAAACGGGGCAUCGCCCUUGACGGGAUGCUGAAAGAAGGCGACACCAACCUGGCAUCAUCCACGGUAUCUUCCGGAGAUAAUCUUGGUAUCAUCAUCUCUUACAUCGUAAGAGUAAGGUUAUAUCUGGGCGCUCUGGGAGGCGAACUCACCGCAGACGUUCCUUUCAAAUUAUCGAACCUAGCGCCGAAUCUAACCAUUCCGGAAAAGAUAAAAGAAAAACCCAAGAAACAGUUGACAAGAGAGAUGAGUACUGACUUGAUCUUUGAGGACUUUGCGAGACGUAGGCAAUUUAGCGAAGAUCUAGAAUAAUCGACGAGCUUUCGAAUGAAUUUAGAUAGGAAAUUUACAAUUAAUCCUAGCGAAAAAUUUAAUUUUAGCUUUGUUUCUCUUAAAUAAACUGCAACGAAAACAUGUAAGCCUUGUUUUGAUUAUUAAAAUUAAUUUAAAUUAAAGUUCUUAUUUAUUUAUUUCUUUAAUUGUUGGUUUGAA